GAUCUCUGUCGAACGAAAAACCAAGCAAUUGUUCCCGUCUGUCGCCACUCUUUUUUGGUUCUUGUCCGAUCGAAACAACCGGUUAGUUUCUUAAAAUCCCACGAAAGCGCCUCGAGAGACAUGUCGGGAGAUCACGCCGAUGUUACGGAGAAGAAGCCCCACGCAGACGCAGAUCCUUUCGGUGGAGACGACGAUGUCGGAGAAAUCGUCAACGGAGGGACGGUGUUUGGUCGCCGCGGCGGAAAGGACUAUGAGGAGGAGGAGGAGGAGAGUCUUUACUCAUUGGUUUGCAUCAUGAUCGGUUCGAUUCUGUUUCCGGAUUCAAAAACUUCUCCUUUGAUUCAACGAAUGAGAAACUCCUUCUCCGAGAAUGGCCCCAAACUUCUAGAAGCUUCCCGCAAAACUUCAGGCGAGAUUCUCCAAUGGACUCGUCGAGGCAGCCCGCUUCGUGCACUCCUCGUCAUCACUAUGGGAACAAUAGUUCUUGUUACGACAAUGGCUCUGGUUGUAUUCGCGCUCUUCUUUGUAGCUGCAACAGCCAAUGCAAUCGUAAUCUCUCUUUUGGUUUCACUUGCGGUUGCUGGUGGCUUCUUGGCUCUCUUCUUUCUCUCCCUGACUGCUGUUUACAUCGGAGCCUUAUCCGUCGCUGCAUUCCUCAUCUCUACCGUUACAGUUUCAGCUGUUGUUUGCAUCUUGAUUGCCUCAGGUUGGAUUGGGUUUUUCUAUGCUGUGUGGUUGGGAGCAAGAGGAAGCCUGAGCUUGGCUAAGCAAGUGAUGGGAUUAGCCAUUUCGGGUAACGGUUUCAGUCGUUAUCAACACAUGGAGUCAGAGGUAGUAAACAUCGACUCAUCUAGCUGAGAGAAAGUCUCUAUUAGAGUUUGUAGAUAAAACCAGAGUUUUGGUCUUCCCGUGUUGUUAAUAAAAGUUUAUAAUAGAAUGUUGUGAAAAGCAGCAGAGAACCAGAAGAACAUUUUUCAAGAAACUGAUAAUGAACAUUUGUGAUUGAUCAAA